AUGCAGGUGGUGCUGGUGCAAAAGAAUAUGUGGGAGCAGGUGAACAUAGAGGUGGAGGUGAAUGAAGGGGUCACACCAGAGGAGGCAUUGAGCAAGAUGCUGCAAAAGCAGAUAAAGGACAAGAUGGCCAAGGUGUGGGUGGAGAUCAUACUCCAGGUGGAAGAGGACCAGCUGGAACUUCUGGAAGAAGAGAAGAACCAUCAUGAGUGCUGGUUCAAGUUACGCAACACCCACAGGGCAAAGGGGUUUAUCACAGAGUUGGCCAAUGUAAAGGGUAUGGUGAGGGUGCUAAAAGAGGUCAAUGUCGAGGUCAAUGAAACUCAGAAAGUGUUGGUCCUGGUCAUGGGACUGAUGGACAAGUAUGGCAUGAAGAUCCUGAAUGAGGAGAUGAGGCAUGGUGGACCAGAUGGUGCGAGUGAGCCAGAGAUGGUGACAUGGGAUCAGGAGGUGCCAAGUCAAAGAAGCAAGGCCCUGUGA